GAGAUGUUUCCAUUAAUUGGAAAAACAAUCAUCUUUGAUAACUUCCCUGAUCCCUCUGAUACAUGGGAAAUCACUGAGACAAUUGGCAAAGGAACUUAUGGGAAAGUUUUUAAAGUAUUGAAUAAGAAAAAUGGCCAAAAAGCAGCAGUCAAAAUUCUGGAUCCAAUUCAUGAUAUUGAUGAAGAGAUUGAAGCAGAAUAUAACAUCUUAAGAACUCUUUCUGAUCACCCAAAUGUGGUCAAAUUCUAUGGGAUUUACUUUAAGAAAGAUAGAAUAAAUGGAGAUAAGCUAUGGCUGGUUCUUGAGCUGUGUAAUGGAGGAUCUGUGACUGAUCUUGUGAAAGGAUUUCUGAAGAGGGGUGAAAGAAUGAGUGAGCCUUUAAUUGCCUAUAUCUUACAUGAAGCACUAAUGGGACUUCAGCAUUUGCAUAACAACAAAACUAUCCACCGUGAUGUCAAAGGAAAUAAUAUUCUGUUGACCAUGGAAGGUGGAGUUAAACUAGUAGAUUUUGGUGUAUCUGCACAGCUUAGCAGCACCCGGCACCGUCGAAACACAUCCGUAGGAACACCAUUUUGGAUGGCUCCUGAGGUGAUUGCAUGUGAACAGCAAUUAGAUACCACUUAUGAUGCAAGAUGUGACACUUGGUCUCUGGGUAUCACAGCCAUUGAGCUGGGUGAUGGAGACCCUCCACUAGCUGACCUGCAUCCCAUGAGAGCACUCUUCAAAAUACCAAGAAACCCACCUCCCAAACUAAGGCAGCCUGAGCUAUGGUCAGAAGAAUUCAAUGACUUCAUUAGCAAAUGUUUGACUAAAGAUUAUGAGAAGCGCCCAACGGUGUCAGAUCUUUUGCAUCAUAAAUUCAUCACUCAGAUUGAGGGCAAAGAUGUGAUGUUACAAAAGCAACUCAUGGAAUUCAUUGACCUUCAUCAAUGCAUGGGAAACACGGAAAAAGCCAGACAUGAACGUAUUCAUACAAAGAAGGGAAACUUAAACAGAUCUCUGAUUUCUUGUCUGAAGGACGUAGCUGAUUUAGCUACCCUAGAUGUUUUAGAUGAGAACACAGUCUCAGAGCACCUUGAGAAGUGUUACUCCAGAGAUCAGAUCUAUAUCUAUGUGGGAGACAUCCUCAUUGCUCUUAACCCUUUUCAGAAUCUGGGCCUUUAUUCUACAAAGCUUUCUAAACUGUAUAUUGGAGCAAAGAGAACAGCCAACCCACCUCACAUUUUUGCGAUGGCUGACUUGGGGUAUCAGUCUAUGGUCACAUAUAGUGCAGACCAGUGCAUCGUUAUUUCUGGAGAAAGUGGUGCCGGGAAGACUGAAAGUGCUCAUUUUUUAGUUCAGCAGCUCACAGUGCUCGGGAAGGCUAAUAACAGAACCCUACAGGAGAAGAUUUUACAAAUGAACAAUUUGGUUGAAGCUUUUGGCAAUGCCUGCACUAAUAUAAAUGACAAUUCCAGCCGAUUUGGAAAAUACUUAGAAAUGAAAUUUACCUCUUCUGGGGCUGUAGUGGGAGCACAGAUCUCCGAAUAUCUUCUGGAAAAAUCUCGUGUCAUUCACCAGGCCAUUGGGGAAAAGAAUUUUCACAUUUUUUACUACACUUAUGCUGGCUUAGCUGGAAAGAAGAAACUAGCUCUUUACAAAUUGCCUGAAAAUAAGCCUCCCAGGUACCUACAAAAUGACCACCUCAGAACAGUACAGGACAUGAUAAAUAAUAGUUACUAUAAAUCCCAGUAUGAAUUAAUUGAGCAGUGUUUCAAAGUCAUAGGUUUUACAAUGGAGCAAAUUGGCAGUGUAUACAGUGUACUCGCUGCAAUCUUGAAUGUUGGAAACAUUGAAUUCUCUUCUGUGGCAACUGAACACCAGAUUGACAAGAGCUACAUCUGCAAUCAUGCAGCUCUAGAGAACUCUGCUUCUUUGCUCUGCAUUCAAGCAGACGAGCUUCAAGAAGCUCUCACUUCUCAUUGUGUGGUCACUAGAGGGGAAACUAUUAUACGACCCAACACUGUGGAAAAGGCUACUGACGUCAGAGAUGCCAUGGCUAAAACUUUAUAUGGACGUCUCUUUAGUUGGAUAGUCAAUUGUAUUAACAAUCUAUUGAAACAUGGCACAACAUCAAGUGGCAAUGAGGAGCUGAGCAUUGGCAUUCUUGAUAUCUUUGGCUUUGAAAAUUUCAAAAAGAACUCCUUUGAGCAGCUGUGCAUUAACAUUGCAAAUGAGCAGAUUCAAUAUUAUUUUAAUCAACAUGUGUUCGCAUGGGAACAGAAUGAAUACCUAAAUGAAGAUGUAGAUGCUAGAGUUAUUGAAUACGAAGAUAACAGGCCCCUCCUAGAUAUGUGUCUUCAGAAGCCAAUGGGUUUAUUAUCCCUGCUUGAUGAGGAGAGUCGAUUUCCCAAUGCCACUGAUCAGACUCUUGUAGAAAAGUUUGAAGGCAACUUGAAAUCACAGUAUUUCUGGAGACCCAAAAGAAUAGAACUGAGUUUUGGAAUUCACCACUAUGCAGGAAAGGUUCUCUAUAGUGCGAGUGGGUUCUUGGCCAAAAAUAGAGACACUCUUCCAACUGACAUUGUGCUGCUUUUGAGGUCAUCAGAGAACAGUGUAAUUAGGCAACUUGUUAUCCACCCCUUGACCAAAACAGGUAAUCUUCCACUUUCUAAAACUAAAAAUGUAAUAAACUACCAAAUGAAAAAUUCAGAAAAAUCAAUUAAUCUGAUAAAGGGUGAAACUGGAGAAGCCACACGUCAUGCCUGUGAAACUACCAACAUGAAAACACAAACAGUUGCAUCGUAUUUUAGAUAUUCCUUGAUGGAUUUGUUAUCUAAGAUGGUGGUGGGCCAACCUCACUUUAUCCGCUGUAUCAAGCCAAAUAAUGAGCGUCAGGCAAGAAGAUAUGAUCGAGAGAAAGUCCUUCUACAGCUUCGCUGCACGGGAAUUCUGGAAACAGCAAGGAUUCGGAGGCUGGGCUACUCACAUCGGAUACUAUUUGCUAACUUCAUAAAGCGGUACUAUGUUCUCUGCUACAAGUCUAGUGAAGAGCCCCCAGUAAGCCCAGACACCUGUGCAGUCAUCCUGGAAAAGGCUGGUCUUGAAAACUGGGCUCUUGGAAAAACAAAAGUAUUCCUUAAAUAUUAUCAUGUGGAACAGUUGAAUCUAAUGCGAAAGGAAGCCAUUGACAAGCUGAUUUUGAUUCAAGCCUGUGUCAGAGCAUUCUUGGGUACAAGAAAAUACCAAAAAAUACAGCAGAAGAGGAAAGAAAGUGCUCUAAUUAUACAGUCAGCUGCAAGAAAACAUCUAGUUAGAAAACAAAGAAAUAACAUAGCUCAUAUGAAAAGCACAGAAGUAACAUCCAUGCAGACUCAUGAUCCAGAAUUUGAUUACAAGAAAAACUUUGAAGCUGCAAGGGAAUCUUUUUUGAAGAAACCGGCAGAAAAUGCUGUGUCUACUAAUGAGUCCAUCAUUGCCACUCUGAACAAAAAAGGGAGUCCAUCUGUAGGGAAGACUUCUACUCUCAGCGCUGAGGGGAGAACCACUACCACUGUUGAGAGUAACAGAGGCUGUCAGACUCAUAGAAAAAUGAGCAAUGUGUUUGGAGAAGAGCCUCAUCAGGCACAGUGUGUUGCGGGAGGCCCUUGGGCAGAAGGAAGCAUCAAACAGUAUGUGCAAGACCUGGAGGAAAUCAGGAAGAUAAGAAAGGGGGAGAAAGAUGACUCCAUGAUCCAGAGUUAUUCCCAGUGGCACACAGAGGAAAGGCAUUCUGAGGAGUCAAAAGCAGCGUGUCUAGAAGGGAAGGACACAUGGGAAAGGCCAAACUGCCUGGGACUUUGGUUAACUGAGAAGGAGACUUAUUUAAAAACUUUGGAACCUAGUCUUAGCCAAAGGUCAACAUGUCAAAAUACAACUAGCAAAGAAAAGGAAAAGAAGACAUCUAUGGCUGCCCAGAAUGCACCAAUGUGCAGCCAGGAUAGAGCUCAUCACGCACAAGGGAUAACCAAAGAGAGGCGUGCUGGGCCAGUGGCACAGGGCCAGGAAGAAGAAGAGGCCGCUGUGUUCAUUCAGAGCAAGCACGAUGGUUUCAAGCGAAGGCAACAGUUGAGGAAGGACGGGCCUUCCUUCAGGAAUCAAAAGAUCCUUACAUCAUCAACAGAAGUAGCAAGAAAUACUGCCAAUGCCUAUGCUUAUGACAGGCACUCAAAGGCAAAUUCAGAUAAAGAAGCGUGUGAUUUGGCAAUUUUUUCAAAGCAGAUAUCAAAGCUAUCUGAAGAAUAUUUUAUUCUACAGAAGAAAUUGAAUGAAAUGAUUUUGUCCCAGCAACUGAAGAGAUUUUUCCUGGGUGUCUAUCUCCAUAAGCCAAUUAAUAGACAAGUUACUUCUCACCAGUGUCUCUCAGGUAUCUCUAAAGGAGAAGAGCCAAAAAUAUUGAGACCCCCAAGACGACCCCGGAAGCCCAAAACAUUAAAUAACCCUGAAGACUCCACAUACUAUUAUCUACUUCAUAAGUCAAUUCAAGAAGAAAAACGAAGACCACGAAAAGACAGUCAAGGAAAAUUACUAGAUUUAGAGGAUUUCUACUAUAAGGAAUUUUUGCCCAGCUGUUCUGGACCAAACGACCAUAAUCCUAAUUUAAGAGAACAGAGACCAGAGCAGGACCUCCAGGAUCAGCACAGUAAGGCUCAUGAAAGGUGCCGCACAGCUGCUGGGAGUCCCGAGGAGGAGGAGGAGGAGGAGGACCAGCGGGCAGCCGCCCACCCCUACGACUACCGGAGGCUCCUGCGCAAAACCUCCCAGCGCCGGCGCCUGGUGCAGCAGCGGUAACUCACCUACAGAAAAGCCUCCGUCUGCGGAGAGUGCCCGAGCCUGCGGGGCCACACGCACCAAAGUCGGAAGCUUGGACCUCCCGGGCCAGUCGCCCUCGUCUGAAGGAAGAAAACUUGGAUCCCUUGGGGAAGAGCCCUGGACGCCUCUGCGCCCACAGACUUCCGCGCCUCCUCUCCCCCUCUCGUCCACCAGCUUCCAGCCCCAUUUUCUAAAUGUCUCUUUGGCACUUGCUUGUGCCCU